CUUUCUCGACCAGUCCUGAUCGAUUCCUCGAUGAUCAGCAAACACGUCGACAAGGGGUGGCCAGUUCGUAAGCGGGGACAGUGUCCGACGAGCCCUGGAACUGAAAUGUCCACAACUUUUGUGAUGGAGCAGCGGUUGCACCCGAUAGAACGUUUGUUGCUCGGAUUAAGAUAUGUGCAGAACUUUCUCAGACGACGGCACCCACGCGAGCAAAAAACGAAAAAGAAACGAGACAAAAUUGCAAUUAUGCACGAAAUAUAUUACUUGUGGAGAAUCCUGCGUGGAUUGUGCCUUCUCCCUGCUACAUUUACCGAGACAGGCUACAUUAGCUUUAGCUGGACAAGCUGGGUGACACUCCUGACUGUUUCCUUUUGGGCAGUCAUGGCACCGUACGCAGCCAUGGUUUGUUACUUAAUUGCAGCAGCAGAAAUAGAAAAGACUGGUGAUCAGAAAGAAGGCCUUCAAGAGUUUUCCCAAAUGGCGGCAGUGACUAUCGUAACAAUGUUCGAAGUAUAUGUACCGGUACCUUUAUUUUUGUCCAUGCGCUCCUUUACCAAACUCACCUACAGCUGGGAGCGCAUGGAGAUAAAGUACCUAAAGCUCACUGGGUCACCACCAAAGCUCGGUAUCAAGCCCUUAACAUACGGCUUAUUUGUCAUCACGCAAGUUUACUCCGUCAUUCUGCUGGUUGGACUUCACGAUCAGAUAGGAUGGCCGUUUUGGAUGAUGCUUCCUUUCACGCACGCCGUGCUGUGCACGGUGUCGAUCACCAUGGUCUGGGUGAGUGGCUACGUCGCCAUCGCGGUUCUCGCUUACGACCUGGCCCGGCGCACGUUCAAAGACUGUGAGGCUCAGGGGGUGACAGGACUGCGUCGUCAUCGCCUCCUCUGGCUUCAUAUCGUCAAGUUGUUACAUACUUUCCACUCUUGUUGGAGUGCGGUACAGGCACCACUUAUUUUCUGGACGUUUGUCAUUUCCACUCUCUACUUUUUCAACUUUAUUCGAACGUUAAUGUUAAGCUGGGAUGGUCUUUCCGCGUGUGUGUACUCUUUCACAAUUCUGACGUGCAAAGAGAUAAACUUACUAAGAAAACUAGGUCAAAAUUUAUUGGUGUGGAUUGCCUGUGCAGGUUGUCUCUUCUUCGUAUGCUUCAGUGCGCAAAUUGCUACCGAGUCGGUAACAUGUGCACGCCAGACAGUUCUCAGGUUACCGCUAAGCAGGAGGGGCGCUUUUUUUCAAAAUGAGGCGUUCACUUUUUUAGAAGAGAUGAGGGAAAAGCAAUUGUCUUUAACGCUUAAUGGAUUUAUAGCUAUCAAUCGUUCACGUGUUAUUACGAUGAUGGUUGUGGCCCUUACGUAUUGCAUUGUACUAUCUCAAUUUACUCUACUAAAGUGAGGGAAGUGAGGACCACCUUAGUACCAAGUUCUUCAGAAUAAAGUUAAUUUCGUACAGGUUCUGGAUAAAAGGAAGU